ACCACUCCAGAAACCCAAACAUCGAUCCACCACCUUACCAUACUAGAACCCUUAAAAGAAAAGAGAAAAAUGGCUUCAAGAGCUGCAGCCUCUACUGCCCUUCUCCUAGCCCUAAACCUCCUCUUCUUCACUCUGGUGAGCUCCACUUACUGCCCUCCACCGGCUGCGCCAAAGGAGCACAAGCAUCACCACAAGCACCCAUCGAAAGGCGGCAAGUGCCCCAAGGACACCUUGAAGUUGGGUGUUUGUGCCAACCUGUUGAACGAUUUGGUGCACUUGGUUGUGGGCACUCCAGCCACCACUCCUUGCUGCUCACUUCUUGGGAACUUGGUAGAUCUUGAGGCAGCUGUGUGCCUUUGCACUGCCCUUAAGGCCAAUGUGUUGGGGCUUAACCUUAAUGUCCCGAUCGCCUUGAGCUUGCUCCUCAACGUCUGUGGGAAGACUGCCCCCGAAGGGUUUCAGUGUGCUUGAUUGUUUAAUUGUUUGGUUAAUUUUACAUUGGUUUGUGUUUGGGAUCUUGUGGGGUUUUGUUUUUUUAAUAUUGGAAGUUGAUCAUGAUGUUUUGUGGGUGAAUUUUGUGUUGGGAGUUUGUGAAGGCUCCUCGCCUUCUUCUAUUUCCUUUGGGAUUGGUUUAUUGUGGUCAUAUAUUGUUCCAUAUUGAUGUGUUCUGGGUGAAGAUUGGACAUUAGGAAUGGAAUAAAAUUGGGUUUUUGUGUAUGAAGUAAUUGCUUUGUGAUGAUGCUAUAUACUUUAACUGCUUGGCAAGAAUAAUAAUUUGGGUUAAAGUGG